CUUGCAUUUCUUUCUGCCUGUGAUGCCGCACUCGGUGACUAUGAUACUCCUGACGAAGUGAUACACCUAGCGGCUGGCCUGCAAUUCGCUGGGGUUAAGAGCGUCGUUGGGACAUUAUGGAAGGUCAACGAUAGCACUGUGCAGCGUUUAGUCAAGGCAUUCUACAAAAACUUUUGCGGGGAUGACAAGAUGAAUUCCAAGCGAGCUGCCCGAGCGUUGCAUAAAGCGGUCCAGUCACUGGCUUGCGACAAGGACAUGCCCUUGGAACAGCGCGUAGUGUUUAUGCAUAUUGACAUAUGA